UCAACAUCGCGUCCGUGGCCCCAGCAGCAGCUGUGCAGGCUACUUCAUGCUUGGUAGUUGGUAUUCCUCUCGAACAGCUAUAAUUCGCGGGCUGUGAAUUAUAUUCUUAUCUAUUUUCUAUGGCAUGGUCGUAGUCGUACGUGUUGCGGGCUGCGGCUGUCGGGCUGUUCCCUGUCGUUAGUUCAUAGUUGUACUACUCGUAACUCGUUCGUCUUAUUCGGAAUUUUGGAUUCAGAAUAAAAUUCAUCUAUUCGUAUUGAAGUAUCUGAAGUUUCAUCAGACAAAUCAUUACAAGACAUUUCCAUAUACGAAUAAUAUAUUAUUAUAUAAGACGUGUGCGUGGUGGUUUGAAUAUCGGCUUCACGAACGACGUAAUGAACGAAUAAAAUACGGUCUGUUAUUGAUCCUACUCUAAUUUUGAUUUACUGUCGUUGUGCAAGAGUUGUUACUGUCAGUAAAUCGUCGUCCAAUCCGGUGAUCCAUAAGGCAUGAUCUCCUCUAACCGCUUCGCGUAGACGAGAUAAGGUCGACUACCAUGAUCUGUUGGGUCUUGAUGUUUUUUGCGCUUUGCGUGACGACUUUCGGUUUGUGGUUGACCACCAUCAUCGUUUCCGUACUCUUGGCGUUUUUAUUGAGUGUGAUAUGUUUAGCUUACAUUACCGUCGAAGAAAAAGCUGCUCUGUUCGUGGAAUCGUUGAAAAAAGACUCAGAGUACACAGUCUACAGUCUGUUCGAUCCCAAAACUAUAUCUACAAAAGAAAUAAUCGAAGAUGAUGUGAACUUGAGUGGUUCCGAGUAUAUAGAUCACCAGCUGUCGGACAUUAUGGACUAUAUUCUAAGGGACUAUGUGUAUCCAUGGUAUGACAAAUUGAGCGACGAUGAAGAUUUUCCUAUUCAAAUACAUAAAUCAACUAGUUAUUUAAUCAGUUGCAUGGCUAAACGAUUACAACAGGUAGAUUUUCUGCAAUUUGUAUGCACAAACUUGUCGGAAGAAGUGGCCAAACAUAUUCGUAUUUAUAGAAAAUCUUUGAAAGCCACAUCCUCAAAAAAUACUGAAGAAGUUGAUUUUGAAACUAUAUUUUUCCAACAUGAACAAGAUGUUGAUCGAUUAGGUACAUCACAUGCAAAUGUCUGCUUGGAUGAGAAUUAUGAAAAAAAAUGGCUUAGGGAUAUAUCAGAAGCACUAAUAUACCACGUUACACCUGAAAAUGAUUUCAAAUGUCGAACUAUACGCAUAUUGAUACGUGAAAUAAUAUCAAAUAAACUAUUUUUAACAACUAUAAACAUGCUUAGUAAUCCAGAUUAUGUUAACCAAUUAAUUAUAUGGCUGUGCAGCGACUAUCCAGUAACUAAUGAGACAUUUCUUACAGUAUUGAGGUCAACUAAAUCAAAUCAACAAUUAAAUGCUGUGCACAGUUUAGUCAAAAAAGAAAUUAUGAAUCUGCGGUCAAGAGAUUCUGGUGAAUCAGAUAGCAGAGCAAAACAACAACUGAGCAGUCUUUUAUUUUUAUCUAAUUUAAUUAAGUCAAUUGUUAAUAGUAUUCCUCAACAAUCAGACAGAUCUUUAGAUUUUUUAUUGUCAUUUGAACAUUCCAUGUCCUCUCCGAAGAAUGAUUCAUUAUCUUUAAAGUGGAUUCUUGAAAGUAAAACUGCUUUACCAUACUUCAUUGAUUAUUUGACUACAAUAAAUUGUGAUAGUUUUAUAUCAUUUUAUAUUAAUAUUGAUGGUUGGAAACAAUUUGUGCAUGAACAGAUGCAAAAUGUUAGUGGAGAUCCUAGUCAAUAUUCAUCAUCUGAUCUAGCAACAGUGGAUCAUAUUAGAGACGAAGCAAAAAAAUUGUACUCCUUGUACAUUGGUCAAAAACCCGAUAUUCAUAAUGAACUUGGAGAUGAUCUAGUAAAAUCUCUAGCAAAGAAAAUUCAAGUUGAUCCAGUAGAUGAGACAUGGUUUGAUGAGGUUCAAAAUGCAUUGUACAAGACACUAUUAAAGCCUGAAAAAGGAAUUAUAUCUGGUUUCGGUAAGCAUGAAUGUUGUUCAAGGUUGAUAACUGAUUUGGAAAUGAAAUCAUUAGGUUCAGAAGACAUUUUUGAACCAGAAUUAGCUAUGCCUGCUUCUGAUUUUUUAAUACCAAUGGAUGCUGUACAGCAACUUUUUAAAGGAACUGGUGAUAAAGUAAGCGAUUUCCUAUCAGGUAGUAAAGCCUUGAGUCCUGGUCAAUCAGAAGAUGACAAGUCAAUAUUGUCAGCGGACAUAAUUGAAACUGGACUUGUGCAUGAGGGUGGUAAGACAUUUGGUGUUUAUGCAGUUUCCAUUACUAGAGUUUAUAUGUCUGGAAAAGAAGAGAACUGGCAUGUUUAUAAACGAUAUUCUGAUUUUUAUGAUCUCUACCAAAGAGUAAAAGAUAAAUAUUCAGAACUAGGUAAACUAUCAUUUCCAGCCAAAAAAACAUUUCAUAAUGCGGACAGACGGGUUUUAGAAAAGCGUAUGAUGAUGCUCAAUCAGUUUAUACAUAAUUUAUUGAAAUCGUCAACUGUUGCUAAUUAUCCUGGAAUACAAACAAUGGUUGAACAGUUCCUCGAACAAAGACCCGAAGACAAGAAAGCACUGUUAUCUGGUCAUCUUGUCAAGACUGUCGAUAAUCUUUUGUUCAACCCGUUGAAGGUUGUUGGAAACGUUGUAAAAACUGUACCUGAUAAUAUAUUUAAUACUGUUGAUGGUGUUAUGGACAAUAUCAGCAAAGUACUUGGUCCAUCCAAACCUGUUAAUAGAAUGUUGGUUGAAGAAGAUGAUGACAAUAUGCCCAUGCGUGCAGUGUUGCUAUUAUUAACAGAAGUGUUUGAAGUAGAUGAACAACAACAAUGGCUGCGGAAACGAUUUGUCAUGUUAUUACAACAUAUUAUUAGGGCUUCAUUUGGUCAUGUAGUUAACAGGAGGUUCAAAGAGUAUGUGGCAACUGUCACUGAUCCUUAUAGAGUGUCAUUGUUGAUUGCUGCGAUCAAAAAUUCAUUGUGGCCAGAUGGUGUACGUGCUACAGAAGUACAAUUUCGAGACGCAGAAGUACAGCUUAGAACACUUGUAGCUGCUAAAUGUGCACUUAUGUCUUCUGUUUCUGAUGAAUUGAAGCAUUUAAUGGGCAGCGACGUAACAAGGCGUGGCAUUUAUUUAGCCGUCAUAAUGCUCCAGCACAAAACCCUUAACAAACGUUUGGCUUAUGUUUUGGCUAGUUCAUGUUUCUUGUUAAUUUUUCCAAAUUUUAGUGGCCUCAUUGAUAAACUACACAAAAACCCUCCUAUAUUAAACCGAAAUUAGUUACAAAUUAUCUUAAAAUUAUUGUUAUUAUAUUUGUGUACACUUAAAUUUACUAUGUAGUAUGUAUAUGUACUUUUUUGUAUGUAGUUAUGCAAAUGAUUGUCAACUAGACAAGCUAAUGUGCAAUGGUAUCUUUAAAUGGAAUAUAGUGUAUUAAUAUACACACAGGAUGGCUGUGAUCUAUUUAUUAUUUUUAAUUUACUUCAGUUAUAACAACUUUGUGAUAGGGAGAAACAAUUGUCAAACAGUUUUUACAUAAUAUAUUUCAAAUCUAGUACA